AUGUGGCAAGAACAAAAACAAAUGUCAACAUCUCCAUUCGAUUGUGCUGUUUGUGGUGCUGGUGUUUACGGAAAUAAUUCCGAUAUUCGAAUGUGUUUACCAUGUAAAUCAUUCUUUCGACGUUAUACACUCCUUCCAGCAAACACACUCAAAUGUAGUCGAAAUGGAACAUGCGAUAUUGAAGUAACACGAAGAUAUUUUUCAUCAUCCGUUCCACCUUGUCGAGCAUGUCGAUUUCAUAAAUGUUUAUCAGUUUCAAUGAAUGAAAGUUCAGUUCGACCACGUUCAUCUAGUACUCCACCGUUUAAUAUGGUUGAUAAAGUUCUUCUUAAAACAUCAUUACUCGAUGAAAAGUCUGUUCCAUCAACCAAACAAAUCGAUAACGAAAAUUUAAUGUUUACUCGUCCGCGCUGUUCAAGUGAUGUUAGCGUUUGGCAACAUCAGACGGAUUUAUCAAAAAACAGAGAUUAUUUUAUGAAUUAA